UAUUAUUACAAUGACAAUUCUUGUCGUAGAGCGAUAUUACAUUAUCAUGAACUUACUCUUUGGUCUAUCUUUCCUUCUAUUAAACUUGUCUCAUUGCUUCAACCCGAAAAACCUCAAUAUUUCCGCCGCGACCGGCGUUUCCGAUUGGUCUCUAGCCAGAGCUACGUGGUACGGCAGCCCCACCGGCUACGGAAGCGACGGUGGAGCUUGUGGUUAUGGAGAUGCUGUGGGACAAUCUCCGUUUUCGGCCAUGGUAUCAGCUGGAGGUGCUUCGUUGUUUAAGUCGGGGAAAGGAUGUGGCGCGUGUUAUCAGAUAAAAUGCACUUCGAAACCAGCGUGUUCGAAAAAUCCGGUUGCGGUAGUGAUUACAGACGAAUGUCCCGGAUGCGUUACCGAGUCGGUCCAUUUCGAUUUGAGUGGUACAGCGUUUGGUGCCAUGGCGAUUUCCGGUCAAGAUAGCCAGCUUCGCGAUGCCGGAGUUUUGCAGAUUCUUUACAGAAAAGUUGAGUGCAACUAUAUAGGCAAAACGGUGACGUUUCAAGUGGAGAAAGGUUCAAACGCUAACUACUUCGCGGCUUUGGUUGAGUAUGAAGACGGAGACGGUGAGAUCGGCCGAGUGGAACUCAAACAAGCGUUAGAUUCUGACACGUGGCUUCCCAUGAGCCAAAUAUGGGGCGCCGUGUGGAAGCUCGACGUGACGUCAACUUUACGGGCCCCACUAUCUCUCAGGGUGACUUCUCUAGACUCCGGCGAGACCGUUGUGGCUUCCGAUGUUAUUCCGGCCGGUUGGCAGCCUGGUGCGAAGCUACAGCAUUGCUAUAAGCUAAUAAGUGGAGUGCAAAUGUAUCGGAAAAAUGGUAACGUUUUAAGUGGAACGAUGCACAAAAGAAAUUUGUUUAAACGAUCAUCAUCAAUGGCAUCAUCAUCAUCACCUAGAUGUUUUGCUCUCUUAGCUCUUUUUGCAGCCUCACUAAGUUUUUGUUAUUGCCAAAAUGAAACUAUAGAGGCCACGGGAUGGAGCAGCGCCGGUGUUACUUGGUACGGUGAAGCUGAGGGCGCCGGUAGCACUGGAGGAGCUUGUGGAUAUGGUUCGGCAGUGGCCAGUCCACCAUUACACGCUAUGGUUUCAGCCGGAGGCCCUUCACUAUUCAACAAUGGUAGAGGAUGUGGAACAUGUUAUCAGAUUGUGUGCACCGGAAAUCCAGCGUGUUCAGGGAGACCAAUAACGGUGACGAUAACGGACGAGUGCCCCGGUGGACCUUGCGCCUCCGAGCCAGUUCACUUUGACCUUAGCGGCAAAUCCAUUGGUGCCUUAGCCAAACCUGGCCAAGCCAAUCAACUUCGAGCCGCCGGUGUUCUCCGUGUUGGUUACAGACGUGCUCCAUGUUUAUACAAAGGGACUAACAUAGCUUUCCGUAUUGACGCUGGAGCAAAUCCUUACUACAUGUCAUUUGUUGUGGAAUACGAAAACGGUGACGGAGAUUUGGCUUCCGUUGAGAUUCAACCGGCCGGAGGAGCAUUUAUCUUCAUGCAAGAAAUGAGGUCCGCCGUAUGGAAAUUAAACUCCGGUGGUCCUCUGAGAGGUCCGUUCAACGUUAGACUUACUUCUCGCGAAUCUCGUAAAGUAGUCGUCGCUCGUGAUGUUAUUCCGGCGAAUUGGAAGCCCAACGAUACAUACCGAUCAGUAGUUAACUAUUAGAGUUUUAUUUAUCUUUUGCUCUUCCGCUCUAGUCAAAAUACUAUAGAAUACAGCUUUUAAUACGAGAUAAUCGAUAUAAUAUACACAAAAAAAGAUGUUGACUUAAUAUAAUAUAUAUGAAC